AUGGCGACAAGGAUCGGCUUCAUCGACUCUCGCUCGGACCCGUCCUUCUUCAUCCUCCAUGGCGGCUCGGGCACAGCGUACCUCCUCCUCUACGUUGACGACAUUGUGCUCACCGCGUCCACGCCCGCGCUCCUUCACCGACUCCAGCAACUCCUCUUCGCGGAAUUCUCGAUGAAGGACCUCGGCCCGCUUCACUACUUCCUCGGCAUCGCCGUGACCAGGACGGCGGACGGCUUCUUCCUCUCCCAACGCAAGUAUGCCGAGGAGCUGCUGGAACGAGCCAACAUGACGAACUGCAAGCCGGCGUCCACGCCGGUCGACACCCACUCCAAGCUCUCCGCUACUGACGGUGCACCAGUCGCCGACGCCUCCGAGUACCGCAGCUUGACGGGCGCGCUCCAGUACAUGACCAUGACACGGCCCGACAUCGCCUAUGUCAUACAACAGUGUUGUCUGGUCAUACACGAUCCACGCGCCCCGCAUCUCGCGCUGGUCAAACGCAUCUUGUGUUACCUCCGCGGCACCGCCGAGCACCGACUCCAGCUGCACCCGUCGCCGCCGCUCGCGCUCACCGCGUACUCGGACGCGGACUAG